GUUUUAAUUUUUUCCCCUCAUGAUGCCAUCUGCUAAUUGGCUUCUCAUCUUUCUCUUUGGCUACGUCUAUGGUCAAACCAAUGACAGUGGCUUACAAACGAUGCCUUAUGGCUGGGAUGUGAGCGGUGAAUAUUUUGCAAGCGUUUGGGAUAGUAAAGUGAAAGGUACUUAUACUGCAAAGGGUGACAAAGCUGGAACAUAUUCCUUCCAAUGGCAGGAUGUGGAUGAUGCGAUCGUUGCCAAAGGUUUUAUAACAGGUAAAACGGACCGUGUGCUUUCUUACGAUGGAACAUUUGAAGUGCAAGAAAAUGGAGCAUACUUAUCUUUGUACGGCUGGUCGGUUGGCAGUCAUUGCGUGGAAUACUAUGUGACUGAUAAUUGGGGUGAAUAUGCACCUUGUGGUCCGGGGCCAGAUGAUGUCAAAGGGACAUUUGAAAGUGAUGGUGAUUUAUAUACUUUCUGUACAACACCAGGAGGACAGGGUUGUAUAGAUGGGAAGGGUGAAUCACACGUCCAAUUCUUCUCUUGUCGUCAUACCAAAAGAUCUAGUGGAACGAUCACGUUUGCAAAUCAUGUAGCAGCAUGGGAAAAUGCCGGAAUGAUUUUGGGAGAAUUGGAUUCAUAUCAAGUUAUUGCUGUUGAAGCGUAUGCAGGUUCAUCAGGCUCUGCAACAAUCAACGUAUCAGAGGGAAAUAGUACUGGGGCUGUUUUGAGUGGUCAAAAGAACACUAAUGGUAAUGAGACCACUGAACACAACACAAAUCAAACCAUAUCAAACAAUAAGAAAGGAGGAGACAACAAAACGCCUCAUCACAAGAAAAAUAACCACAAAAAGCCACAUCGCCAUCGCCAUCAUCGUCACCAUUACAACCAGUUGGAAAGUGAAGAAUAG